AGACAAAGAAUGUGUUUGCUUACCGUAUUGAAACCUGAAAUUGGGCAGAAUUUCAUUGACUUUCGGAACUCUUUAAGUCGGAAUUAGCCCAUCUCUCUUCGAAGGUUACCAUAUGCGCCAACUGAGUCAUUUGUUUAAAAUGACUUAGUCACGUGGAGACCAAAGGUGCUCUCAAGUAACAUUUUUCAAGUGAAUUAUGUUCAUCCUAAGAAUCGUAUUGCUAGGACUCCUGAGUAAAUCUCUUCACCCUGCUUGGAGCUUGUUGCUGCGUUUCAGAGGCACAUCGAGAAACCAUGAGCAAUUUCAGUAAGGAAGAGUUCGAUUGCCGCAUCCUUGAUGAAGGCUUUACUGCCAAGGACAUUCUGGACCAAAAAAUUAAUGAAGUUUCUUCUUCCGAUGAUAAGGAUGCCUUUUAUGUCGCAGACCUCGGAGACAUUCUAAAAAAACACCUAAGAUGGUUAAAAGCUCUUCCUCGUGUCACCCCCUUUUAUGCAGUCAAAUGUAAUGACAGCAGAGCUAUAGUGGACACCUUAGCUGCUGUUGGGACGGGCUUUGACUGCGCUAGCAAGACUGAAAUACAGUUGGUGCAGAGUCUCGGGGUGCCUCCAGAGAGGAUUAUCUAUGCAAAUCCUUGUAAACAAGUGUCUCAAAUUAAGUAUGCUGCCAGUAAUGGAGUCCAGAUGAUGACUUUUGAUAGUGAAGUGGAGUUGAUGAAAGUUGCCAGAGCACAUCCAAAGGCAAAGUUGGUUUUGCGGAUUGCCACUGACGAUUCCAAAGCAGUCUGUCGCCUCAGUGUUAAAUUUGGUGCCACACUCAAAACCAGCAGACUUCUUUUGGAGCGGGCAAAAGAGCUAAAUAUUGAUGUCAUUGGUGUCAGCUUCCACGUGGGGAGCGGCUGUACCGAUCCUGAAACUUUCGCGCAGGCCAUCUGUGAUGCCCGCUGUGUCUUUGACGUGGGGGCCGAGGUUGGUUUCAGCAUGUAUCUGCUUGAUAUUGGUGGUGGCUUUCCUGGAUCUGAGGAUGUGAAGCUUAAAUUUGAAGAGAUCACCGGUGUGAUUAACCCGGCGCUGGACAAGUACUUUCCACCAGACUCUGGAGUGAGAAUAAUAGCUGAGCCAGGCAGAUACUAUGUUGCAUCAGCCUUCACCCUUGCAGUUAAUAUCAUUGCCAAAAAAAUCGUAUUGAAGGAGCAGAGCGGCUCUGAUGAUGAGGAUGAGUCGAAUGAGCAAACCUUUAUGUAUUACGUGAACGACGGAGUAUAUGGAUCAUUUAAUUGCAUCCUUUAUGAUCACGCACACGUAAAGCCCCUGCUGCAGAAGAGACCUAAGCCAGAUGAGAAGUACUACUCAUCCAGCAUAUGGGGACCGACGUGUGAUGGCCUCGAUCGGAUCGUUGAGCGCUGUGACUUGCCUGAGAUGCACGUGGGUGAUUGGAUGCUCUUUGAGAACAUGGGCGCAUAUACUGUUGCUGCUGCUUCUACUUUCAAUGGAUUCCAGAGGCCAAGUAUCUACUACGUGAUGUCACGACCAAUGUGGCAACUCAUGCAGCAAGUCCAGAACCACGGCUUCCCGCCCGAAGUGGAGGAGCAGGAUAUCAGCCCUCUGCCCAUGUCUUGCGCUCAGGAAAGCGGGAUGGAGCGUCACCCAGCAGCCUGUGCUUCUGCUAGUAUCAAUGUGUAGAUACCAUUCUUGUAGCUGUUAACUGCAAGUGUAGUUUGAGUUAAGGGAUUUGGGGGGACCAUUUAACUUAAUUACUGCUAGUUUUGAAAUGUCUUUGUAAGAGUAGGGUUGGCACAGAUGCAGCAAUAAUGGAAGGCUAGGAGAUGGGGUCACACUUAUCUGUGUUCCUAUGGAAACUAUUUGAAUAUUUGUUUUAUAUGGAUUUUUAUUCACUUUUCCAACAUGCUACUAAAGAGUGCCUCUCAGCUGCUGAGCAAGCAUUUGUAGCUUGUACAAUGGCAGAAUGGGCCAAAAGCUUAGUGUUGUGACCUGUUUUGAAAAUAAAGUAUCUUGAAAUAACGAGGCAUUGGGAAGUCUUUGCAAUGUGUCCAUUCUAGAUGGUUCACAAGUCCUGUAUCGUUUGCUAUAGUCUCAUAAGCAGUGGGUCUAACCCACACCUAGGUAGCAGGGAGGGUGGAUGGGCCAGGGCAUGCCCUCUGGUGUGUAUAGUGAGUCUUCCCAGCUCAACCUGAGUAUGUCUACAGUUAGCUGUGAACUGGAGCCCCUUGUUGAGGCUCCCUGACUGAGCUGUUGUGACCUGGCCAAUGCACAGGGAAGGCAUGUAAGGCCCUUUGAAUCUGCAACACCAUAGGUUGCAAAUACCACCUUGAUUUUGUUAUUAAGAAUAUGAUGCAGUGAACUUACUGUAAUAAAUUC